UCUCUCUCUCUCUUUCAUCCUGCUCUAUUACACCUUUUUAUGCUGUCUUUCUCUUUUCCUAUCUUUUUCUCUUUCUCUCCCUCUCACAGACACAAACACACACAACGGACAGACAAACCAACAUUUUCUCAGCUUCUGGCAUGAGCUCGUAUGUUGAUGGGAUUUUCAUUUGGGGAUCAUUUUGACCAAAAGGAGAGCGAGUUUUGCUUGAUAGAUGAAGCUAGUGCAACAACACAACAAAACAGUAUCAUCAUGGAAGUGCAUCAUCUUCAAGGGGUUGAUAAAAGCACUGAUUUUUUCCCUGUUGAACACCCUAUGGAGCCACCAGAUGAAGAUCGUCCCGUGAAAUGCCCAAUGCCCGAGUCUUCCGUUAUUAAUGAUGAAAGGAUGCAUGAAAAGAGGUUUGCAGAAAGCUUAAAGAAGAGAGCAGAAAUAAGGGUCGUUGGAGAUGGGGAAAGAACAACCUCCAUGGACGCAGAACCUCCAGCUCGAGGAGUACGAAAGAGGCAUCAUAACCUCACAAACGGGGGUGGAGAUCUUGUGAUGACUCCAUUAAUGAGAAUGCCACCUCUCCCUCCCCUACCAUCCCAGAAUAUUACCAUCUUUCAGGUGCUGCAACAGGUGGACAAGUUUGAGUCUUAACAGAGAAAUAAAUUCUAUCACAACACUCCAUGAAACUAGGGAUGCAUUUUGGUUAUAAGCUGAGUGAGAUUCAAUAGAGCCAGAGGAAAAGCGUUGGAGAAGCCAGAUCCCAAGUAUUCAUCUUGUGUGGGUCGUGCAAAAAAUGUACCUCGUGUUUUCUACUAAAUCCAGAUAUUUUUAUACUUCAGCGUUUGCAAAUAUGCAUAUCGUACAAUUCCUCGUCCA